UUCCAAGCACUGAAAAUGAUUCGUCUUGAACAAGCACAUGGCAGGUUCGUUUAAUUUAGCCUCAGAUCUAUUUAUCCGGUCAGAAAUAAACAAUUAACUGUUUUUUAAAUGCGAAUAACUCGUAUCAGUUCGAGUGUCUGGCUUGUUUGAGGUGAGGACAUGGUAACAUUCUCAUGCUGUGACAGAUUAGCUGAUAAACGUCAGAAACGUCACUCGUAUCGCAGGUCAAUAACGAUCUGUUAUUUUAUUUAGUCUACAUAAGAGAGAGCUCUGUAAAUGUACCUGUAUUUGAUGCUGUAAACAUGAAGAAAAAAAUUAAAUAAGUUUUUUUUUUUUUUGUAUAUUUAAUACAGGUUAAAAAAAUCUAACUAAUCAGUUAAUUUAAAAAAAAUGAAAAGAGGAAUCGAUUAGCAAAAUAAUUUAGUCGCAGGCCUUCGUUGUAUAACAAAUGACAGCUUUCCAACAAUUUCGCACGCUUUUACUGAGAACCUUGUGUGGUUUUUCUGUUAGUGCAACCCGUAGGUUGCGAAGGCGAGUUGGUGUAUUAAUAUGUGUAUUAGAAGAAACGAAAAGAAAAACAUUACUGUGGGUGGGCUGCAAUAAAUUUAUUAUUAGAUUGUUUAAAAAAAAAAAAAAAAAAAGUAAAUAGACUUGAGAGUGAGUUCUAUUGCAUUAACACAAGUCAGUAAAAUCUUAUAUCUAGAACUAAAACUUAACACAGCAGCUGAGUGUAAUGGUGAGCUUGUAGAGCGUUGAUGCAGUUACGACACACGGCCGUAGGUUUGUAGAACCUGACUAUCACACCUUCAACCAAACUGUAGUACACAGUUGUACAGUAUAGAACCAUGAAGACACGGCACGUGAAGGUUAGAGCGGAAGAUCUCGAGUGUCCUACACAGAGCCCUGACUCUGACUCAACACCACUGAACCCCCAGACCUCCUCAGGAUCUGAUCUCACUCAUGAUCAUGUAGCUGAAUGAACACAAAUCCACACAGACGCUCCAGCAUCUAGUGGAAAACCUUCUCAGAAGAGAAGAGUGAAGGAGGAAUAAACCUGGAAUGAGAUGUUCAACAAGCACAUGGUCAGGUCGAAUUGUUUCGGACGCUCCGUUUUGCUCCAGACAUCAUGAGCUUGCUGCUAGUGGAGGCUUUUUACGGCGGCUCUCACAAGCAGCUGAUAGACCUUCUUCAGCAGAACAUAGACGACUGCGUGGUUUACACUCUCCCUGCUAAGAAAUGGCACUGGAGGGCCAGAACGGCAGCGCUGCACUUCAUGCAAGCUAUCCCAAGCAGCCAGUCGUACAGGGUUUUAUUAACGAGCUCCGUGCUAAACCUCGCCGAAUUGGUGGCCCUGCGGCCGGACCUCGCCGCUCUGAAGAAGAUCCUCUACUUUCACGAAAACCAGUUGAUUUAUCCGGUCCGUAAAAGCCAAGAGAGAGACUUCCAAUAUGGCUACAACCAGAUCCUGUCAUGCUUGGUGGCAGACGCGGUCCUGUUUAACUCGGCGUUCAACAUGGACUCGUUCCUGUCCUCCAUCUCCAGCUUCCUGAAGAUGAUGCCCGAUCACCGACCCAAGGGCUUGGAGCAGCUCAUCCGGCCCAAAUGCAGCGUCCUUUACUUCCCCAUCCGCUUCCCUGAAGUCGCGAGAUUUCUGCCUGAACACAAGCUCCUGCUAAGAAAAACCCAGUCUGAGCACAGUAUCAGCUUGCAAGAUUCCCAAAAGCAUCCUGAGGCAGCAGCGGCUCGCACCACAACAUCUGAAAAUGAGAAGGAACAAAGAUACGAGUGCGACGCAGAAGAGCCGGAGCCAGGACUAGCGUCCAAGCGGUAUCCUUAUCCAGAAAGAGGAGCGCCGCGGCCCCUGCACAUCGUCUGGCCUCACCGUUGGGAACACGACAAAGACCCCGAGCUGUUUUUCCAGACGUUGCUAAAGCUGGCGGAGCGAGAGCUGAGCUUCGAAGUGUCCGUCCUCGGGGAAACGUUUACGGACGUACCAGACGUCUUCGCAGAGGCUAAAGAACGCUUGGCUCGCCACAUCCGCCACUGGGGUUUCAUGCCCAGUAAGGAGGACUACCUCAGAACGCUGUGCCAAGCAGAUGUUGUCGUUUCCACGGCCAAGCACGAGUUCUUCGGCGUGGCCAUGUUAGAAGCAGUGCAUUGUGGUUGCUACCCUCUGUGUCCAAAGGCUCUUGUCUACCCAGAAAUAUUCCCUGGUUCAUAUCUGUACUCAACACCUGAGCAACUGUUUAAGAGACUUCAGGGUUUCUGUAAGCAUCCACAUUUAGUGAGACAACAUGUCAUUCAGGUGAACGUGGGACGGUUUUCCUGGGACACUUUGGGACACGAGUACAGAUCUCUGCUGGCGACGAGUUCCAGGAACACGUCGUGACGCUUAUUCACAGUACAACACGAACCUCACUCGGGAUCGACACACUUCAAUUAAAUGAAGUAUCGUGAAAGGACAAUUUUAGCAUCCCGUAUUUCCGAAUUUUAGCAAGUUUUUUAUAAACACUUAAAGCCGAUUUCACUCAGUUCUAUUAUUAAACUUGAAUCCCGGGUAACCCUUAACAGGUAAGUAGCAAAUUAUAAUAACGGCAAAUAAAUAAAGUACAAAAGGAGGACAAGAAUAACCAGGAAUACAAGAAAUCCCCCGAACGUGUCCUACAGUCAACUAAAAUAAAGUGUUACUCAUGACUCUCAUAACAGACACAGCCACAAACCUACCUCGGCCUCACCACCUCUCCACUAAAACAACAUCCACAGCACAAGGGCCUCAACGCUGAGCACUUUUACAUGCAUAGUUUUAAGGCAGAGGAGAAAAAAAACAAGAAGUAAAAAAUAAACAACCUAGAAACCUGCGACCGCCGUCCGUGUUUUCCGCUAAGGCGGUGCCACCUCACAUUUCGGUUCGGCUCCAUUUUUAUCCUUUUUGUGCCGGAGCUGAGCUGCACGGCUGGAAUCUUCGCUUCCCACUCGGGCUGAGUGGCGGCCAAAGUUGUGGCUUGAAGCUCUUGUGGGCUCCACCUGGGGGUUGCCAGGUUGUGACAGAGUCCCCCGAGGCUCAGAAAAGGUUAAUAGGAGGCCUUCACUGCACUGUGGUGGAGUCUAAAUAUAUUCAUAGUGUUUGCGUUCGGAAAUGAACCACCGUGUAAUUAGGGGGCCCAGGAACUAUGUAUUUAUAAGUAGGUCAAGAAAUGUAAAGGGGAAGAUGAAAACCCUGAUUUCCCUACAAGUAUGUUUGCAUGUCAACCCUACGUGAGUGCUUGGACCCUUUGAUCGCUUCUCCCUUUUAAUCUGUCAUGCUGAAAUCAUUUAAGUCGCUCAAUAGUAAAAAAUGACUGCAAUAUAUCCAUUUCUAUUCUGCUACCUCGCCUCGGUGACCCGUUGUUAAUACAAAUGUAUUGCUAAUUCAGGUGCAGCAGAUGUGAGAUUGGAAUUAAAGAAAGAAAUGAAAUCA